AUGGCACGGCAUGUGGCAAUUACAUUUACCCAAACAAAUGGCGGUGUUACGAAUACUCAACUUAACACGUCGGAGGCAAGGUUGGCAGGAGGUUGGGCCGCUGGCGGAAUCGGGAACAUCACAGGGGGGCCAAACAUCACAGGGGCCGGCCAAAACAUCGCAGGGGCCAAACAAUCUACAGGGGCCAAACAUCACAGAGCCAACACAUCCGCAGGGCCCAAACAUACAGGCCAAGACAUCGCAGGGGCCAAACAUCACAGGUGUGCCAAACAUCAGCCAGGGGGCCAACGUACAUCGCAUGUGUCUUCAGUCAUCGGGCCAAACACUCACAGGGGGCCAAAUCACAGGGGCCUAACAUCGCAGGCCAAACAUCACGGGCCAACAAUCGCAGGGCCAAACAUCCACAGGGCCACACAUCGCAGGGCCAAACAUCACAGGCCACAACAUUUAUGUUCUCUUAACAUCCACAGGGCCAAAGCAUCGCAGGCCAAACUAGGGGCGCAACAUCGCAGGGGCCCAACACAUCAACCGGGCCCAAAAUCGGCAGGGGGGGGCCAGAUGACAGUCUACCGGGUGGUGCCAGUACGUAGUGACAGGGGGGCGGAAGACGUGGCGCGUGGGGCCGAGGAACUAUCGGCAGGGUGCGCGGAGGGGCCAACAUCACCGGGGCCAAAACAUCACAGGCCAAACAUCGCAGGCCAAACAUCGCAGGGCCUAACAUCCACAGGCCAAACUCGGCAGGGCGCCCAACAUCACAGGGCCAAAAUCGCAGGGGCAAACUUCACCGGGCCAAACAUCGCAGGGCAACACAUCACAGGGGCCAAACUCCAGGGCUGCCAACAUCACAGGGGCCCAAACAAUCGCAGGGGCCAAACAUCACGGGGCCAAAACAUCGCAGGGGCCAAACAUCACCGGGGCCAAACAUUCGCAGGGGCCAAACAUCAGGGGGCCAACAUCAACAGGGGCCAAACAUCCAGGGCCAACAUCACAGGGGCCAGGGCCAAACACUCACAGGGGCCAGAAACAUCGCAGGGGCCAAACAUCAUCACAGGGGCAGGGGCCAAACAUCGCAGGGGCCAACAGUCACAGGGGCCAAACAUCGCAGGGGCCAAACAUCCACAGGGCCAAAACAUCGCAGGGGCCAAACAUCGCAGGGCCAACAUCACGGGGCCAAACAUCGCAGGGGCCAAAACAGCACAGGGGCCAACAUCACACAGGGGCCAAACAUGCAGGGGCCCACAUCACAGGCCAAACAUCGCAGGGCCAAACAAUCACAGGGGCCAAACCAACACAGGGGCCAAACAUCGCAGGCCAAACAUCGCAGGGCCAAACAUCACAGGGGCCAAACAUCGCAGGGGCCAAACAUCACAGGGGCCAAACAUCGCAGGGGCCAAACAUCACCGGGGCCAAACAUCGCAGGGGCCAAACAUCACAGGGGCCAAACAUCGCAGGGGGGCCAACAUCGCAUGGGCCAAACAUCACAGGGGCCAAACAUCACAGGGGCCAAACAUCACAGCCAACAUCGCAGGGGCCACAAACAUCGCAGGGGGGCCAAACAUCAUCGCAGGGGCCAAACAUCACAGGGCCAAACAUCGCAAGGGCCAAACAUCGCAGGGCCAAACAUCACCGGGCGAAACAUCGCAGGGGCCAAAACAUCACCAGGGCCAAACAUCGCAGGGGCCAAACAUCACAGGGGCCAAACAUCACAGGGGCCAAACAUCACAGGGGCCAAACAUCGCAGGGGCCAAACAUCACAGGGGCCAAACAUCGCAAGGGCCAAACAUCGCAGGGGCCAACAACAUCCCUAGGGGCCCAAACAUCACCGGGGCCAAACAUUCACAGGGGCCACAAAUCACAGGGCCAAAACAUCACAGGGGCCCACACGCAACAUUCACAGGGCCAAACAUCACAGACAGGGGCCAAACAUCACAGGGGCCAAACAUUCACAGGGCCAAACAUUCACAGGGACCAAACUCACAUCAAAAAUCACAGGGCCAACAUCACAGGGCACAAAACAUCACAGGGGCCAAACUUCACAGGGGCCAAACAUCACAGUAG